UGAUUCCAUCUAUGGAUUCCAUAGUCAAUAUCAAUACACAUCACAGGAAGAUGGAAAAAUUAAAUUCAAGUUUUAACCAAUACCGUAUGUGUGAACUCAAUGUUUAUUAGAUUGAAAUGAAACUUGGUAUUUUAUCAGUUUCAGUUGUAACUUGUAAAAUAUAAUAAAUUAAAAGUGAAAGAUACAAACAUUACCUACCUAUCAAGAGGAUAAAAUAUACACACGUUUUUGAUUUUCAACUUCAUUCAACAUUUUGAGCUGGAUCGCCAUUUCAUUUCGUCGUUUCUAUAGUGGAUUAAUCACGACGAAUGUGGGAUAAGACAAACGUGGAACACCGAAAAUACUUUUUGUGUAACUAGUAGUAGGUAAUAAACUGGGUAUUCAUCUUUCAAUUUUGGCGGGAUGUUGGUAUUCGGUAAUCGUUUUGGUUUGUGAUGUUGAAUGGAGUGAUCUGUCAGCUGUCGUGCCUGUCCGUGGCCUGGCCUCCUCGUUUCGUGGAAUCGUGGAUCAUCCUCAAUGACUAUUUUAUGAUAAAUCUUUAGUGCGGUGAACUUACGCGUGUCCAUCCAUGUGGAAUUUCGACGAUGCGCCUCGACUGAGCGUGGAAAUGGAUAGCAUGCGUCCGAACUACGCCGGUUUUGACGCGGGUUCCUUGGAUUCGGUGCAGUGGUCGAGGCGCGCGCCUGCGAGGGUGCUCCGGCGGCGGUGUCGGAGCGAAGGCGUAGACCGGUCGCCGUACGAGGAAGCCAGUCGAGACCUGCACAGCUACUUGGAGAGCACACGCCCCAGUAUACCACCACCGAAAGGCUACACCAACGGUUACGAGUGCCUCGACAGGUACCACGAAUGUGCUUCAGCAGAAAACGGCGCCUACAUAAUGGCUAAUGACAAUGGAUAUUCAGGGUACAAACAAGGAAAAUCAAAAUAUUAUAGAGCAAGUCCGACUAGACCACUAAUAACGACACUUUCCAAUACAAAAGUGGACGAUAGAUUGCCAAAAGUUGAGGAAUUACUGGAAAAGGUAGAUCAAGAAAUGUUGGAAGUUUCGUCAAUAAAGCAGCCAUUGAAAUCAAUACUUAACAAUCCUCUACCGAAAUCCCCACCACACGGGAUACUAAAGAAACCCAAAAGUAAACCGUACUAUGAAAGCAGAAUAAUUGAAGGUCGGAGAAGACAGCGGGCAUCGAGUGAACCAGACAAUGCUUAUUGUAAUUAUCACUUGUCUGCGCCUUUGUCCUAUGAUAGAAACUACUACCACACAAACAAUACAAAAAGGGGGAAGGACAAUUCUGGUGGUUAUCUAUAUGGGAAUACACCCUAUAAUUCUCCGCAAGCUAAACUAAAUUACGUCAACAACACAAGAUGUUCCUGUAAGGACCAAGUUAUAAUAGACGAAUAUAAGAUGCAUGUGCUAAGGACGACCGCUAUCAAUAAUGAUACUAGCAAUGAUAUACCAGUUAUAGUGGAGAGCAAAAGUGGCUAUUACAGUCUUGAUACUCAAAAAUCGGAAUCAAAAACAAAAUCAAGCUCAAAAUUUCAAUCACCCCACAAGGACUCGCACCCCGUUCGGCCGAUCAACUCGGGGCUGGCGCAGACGAAGCCCAAACCCAAAAAGAAACCCAAGCCCAAGGUCAAAGUCAUGAAGACCGUCAACCAGAGCGUUAUAGAUGGAGAGAUUGACGAUUACAACAGCCGCUCUCCGUCGCCGGACGUAGACAGUUGGCAGAUGGACACAGAGACAGACAUACACACAGACACAUCGGACAAACCCCGGACGGACUGCGUCAACAAAAUCACUACUAAACUCAACGGAACCAUAGUGUCGCCCAAGAAGAAUAUUCAAAAAGGUAAAAUAAAUAGCGAUAAAGAUCUUAUAGAAGCGAUGCAUUAUAUAAGCUUACACAAAUCCGGACCGACCACCAAAGACACUCUGCCCGACUCGAUAGCUAGCUGUACACGACCGUCACUGUUCCCGCGGGUGCCGCCAUAUUUAAAAUUCGUCCGACACGACGAGACUUCCCCCCUCAAAAUCCCCCCAGCCAUACAAAAACACCUCAAGUGGAAACUCACCACCAUAACGCCGAUAGUUGUGAAGAAAACGCUAACUAAUUCAGGCUUUAGAUUAAUCAAGAGUGAAUGUGAUACAGCAGAAUGUCCACAAGAAGAAACGUUAGACUGGAUCGGCAUAUGGGGGAAGCACAUGAAAUCCCUAAUGUUCAGAGCGAUCAAAGAGGGGCAGAAGAUGAACCAUUUUCCUGGCACUUUCCAAAUCGGCAGAAAGGACAGGCUAUGGAGGAAUCUUCAGAAGCUAUCAGCUAAAUAUGGUGUCAGUGAGUUCGGGAUUAUGCCCAAAACGUACGUCCUGCCUCAUGAUAUGAAGAUAUUGAAACAUGAAUGGGAGAAACAUGUGGCAAAUGAUGAGAGGUGGAUUAUAAAACCGCCCGCGUCAGCCCGAGGCACCGGCAUUAAAGUGGUGUCCCGUUGGGCCCAGAUACCCAAGAAGAGGCCAGUGGUAGUCCAGCGAUAUGUCAGUCGCCCCUACCUCAUAAACGGCAGCAAGUUUGACCUUAGGUUGUAUGUGCUGGUUACAUCAGUCCAUCCGCUCCGGAUAUACCUGUAUCACGACGGUCUGGCGAGGUUUGCGUCAGUGAAAUACAACGAUGAGUUGUCAUCUCUGAACGACCGCUACAUGCAUUUAACGAACUACUCCAUCAACAGACUGUCCAAAAACUACACGCCAAAUGAAGACUUCGCCGCGUGCGAGGGCCACAAAUGGACACUAGACACACUAUUCCAAUACCUGAAAACUGAAAAAGCAGUAGAUACAGAGGCGCUAUGGGAGUCCAUCAAGGACCUGGUUAUCAAAACAAUAAUAUCUGGAGAAGGAAGCAUAUCGGCCUUAACCAAAGCCAAUGUGGGCUCGCGAUAUAACUGCUACGAAUUGUUCGGUAUAGAUGUGCUGUUAGAUGAGGAUUUGAAGCCUUGGUUAUUGGAGGUGAACAUCUCCCCCAGUCUUCACAGCGCUUCGCCCCUCGACAUCCACGUGAAGGGGCCUCUAGUGUCGACCGUCCUCAACCUGGCGCAGUUCCACGUACCGGCGCGGACCAACUUGGACGCCUUGCAGCCCGGACACGAUUGUAAACUGGACGGAUUGCCGUACGAUAGCAGAUUAUACACCGUGUAUCUAUCAAAAGAAGAGAGGGAUAAACAUUUAAUAUACACCAAUAUAGAAGACAGACAGACGUACCUCCGUGAAAUCCUCAACACUCUGACAUCGGACGACGUGCGUUCCCUCAUCUGUGCGGAGGACGAGCUUAGGGUUUGCGACGGCAUGGAGCGGAUAUUCCCCACGGCGAAUACGCAUCGCUACCUGACAUACCUCGCUGGGCCCAGAUACUAUAACAGGCUUUUCGACGCCUGGGAGACUAGAUAUAGCGGUGAUAGGCAUGCCGGCAUCUCGCUACUGCAACGGCUGUGCGCGACGGGCUACCACCUGGAGGCUCCCCCUGUGCCGCUCAAGGCCAAGUCUGGAUAUAGCGUGGGCAAAGUGACAAUAGCGCUAAGGCGAGCGUACUUGGGUUGUAAGCACGUCGCUCACAGUAAGUGUGUACCGGGCCUUAUGGUCAAAAGGAGGGCCCAAAGUGGAACCUAUAGGGAUGCCACGUAUAGACUGUAUUUUGUCAUAGAAGACGCUACGAAUUAAAAAGUAUAAUUACCUGACUACGGUAUAGUUUUUCAUCUUCAUUUAAACUUAGAUGACAAGGAUAGAUUUUAUAAUUUAUUAUUAAAAUGUCCAUCAACAUGUUAGAUUAAAAACUUUAUUUGUUACUUGGUUAGUAAAACGGUAAACUUGUAUCAAACAAUUAUUUCGUAGGAUAAAUAAUUAUUGUUAUUUGGUAAUAGCUAGCAUUAGAUCCGCCGUGGUCAGGAGUAAAAUGGUGCUAGAAAUAUGUAAUUUAAUAAUAGAGCUAGUAUUUUUACAGUAAGCUCGCAAAAUGUCAUAGUAAGUAAAGGUUUGGUACACGAGUAAAACAAUGUUGCUAGAAAAAAUAAAAUGUUGCUAGACUUAUACGCAUGGAUGGUUCAAAGCUAGGGCCAGUACACACAGAGAUAGGCAUGAGAUGUAGUAAAAGCAGGACUUCCCAACCGAUGGGUCGCUAAGUCUCAAAAAUAAAUUAGGACCAAUAAAAUGAGACCAUUUGUUUAAGGUUUUUUUUUCAACAUUUUAUGAACUGUUGCAGUUUUGUGUUUUAGCAGUUAUAGCUAGAGUUUUGUAGUGUCUGUUAGCAAAAUUUUAUUAGCUUUCUUUCUUGGGUGAAAGGUUGGGAAUCCCUGUCUUAGAGGAGAGUAAGGAAGGCCAAAUUAUUGAAAUGUAGUUAUUUGUUGUUUCUAGUCAGCUAUUCGGGAUUUAGGCAAUGUUUGUGACCUAACACUAUUAUUAUCUUCAUCGUCAUUGUAACAGGUAUUUAAAUGUACGAAUGUUGUGAUAUGUAUUUUUUGUAUUUUUGUAUCUGUAUUAUUGUAAGUGUAUUAAAGGUGUCGGUUUUAGGACCAUAUUGUUAAUUAGUGUUUAUUAUUAUAAGUUUUAUAUUUUUGUAUUUUUAUAAUGUAUUUAUAUAUUGUCUUAAGCUUCCGCAUCAUAUUAAAACUAGCUAAUACAAAUUACACAUACAGUCAAGAAUCCAUUGCAUGAAUUGUUGUUUAUCGUAAGCUCUGUUUGCGGGCCGCUAGUUGGGCUUCUCUGCUUUUUACAUGAUUUACACAUUUUUAAAUAUUGCAAAAUGAAUUUGACAUGUUUGACGAGAGCUUAUGAUGUGCCCCUGAUAAAUAAAAUAAUUAUAAUUUUAAAAUAGGCAGGAAUUUUAU